AGCUAAUUUAGAUGACAAUAGCUUUCCCAUGUCUGCACAUUCUACUUUUCGAUAUAAACCAGAACACAGCUGCAGCCGGACGGGAGGCAAGCAGCAUCGUCAACAAUGGGGAAGAUUGUGUUCUACGAGGAUAAGAACUUUCGAGGUCGAAACUAUGAGUGCAGCUCUGACAGUUCUGACCUGAGCUCGUAUUUCAGCCGCUGUAACUCCAUCAAGGUGGAGAGCGGCUGCUGGGUUCUGUACGAGCGUCCCAGCUAUGCAGGCUACCAGUACAUCCUGAGCCCCGGAGAAUACCCCGACCACCAGCACUGGAUGGGCUUCAGCGACAGCAUCAGGUCCUGUCGCUUCGUCAGAAACGUGUACGGAAAGUCCUGGAAGAUCCGCUUCUACGACAAGCAGGGCUUCGGAGGCCAGGCGGCCGAGUGGAUCGAGGACUGUCCCUCCAUCUACGAGGCCUUCAAGUUCCGGGAGUUCCGGUCCUGCGUGGUGAUGGACGGAGCUUGGGUCCUGUACGAGCAGCCCGACUACCACGGACACCAGUACUUCCUGGAACGUGGCGAGUAUCCGAGCUACACCGACUGGGGCGCCACCUCCCCCGCCGCCGGAUCCUUCCGCAAGAUCACCGAGUUCUAGAGCAGCGAGUUCUCAAAGGGUUUGAACAGUCAGAGAGUCUAGAACCAGAAUCUUCCAACACUAGCUUCAACGAGUGAAAUGAAUAAAACACCUCUUAUCCUGAA